CCAUGUAAUUAUUUUUAUCUGUUUAAAGCCUAUAAAAUGGUGGUGAUACUAUGUUUCUCUCUCAUAUUUUGGAUUGCUAGACGCUUCAACAUUUUAUUUUCAAAUACUUCAGUUCUUUUGAGAGGUUGUUAUUUGUAUUUUGUUUUUGGCGGUGCCUUUAAAACCUUGAUUGUACUCUAUUUCUCUGUCAUAUUCGCGAUUAAGAGUUUCACCAAGUAAUAUUCAUCUUAUUGCUGUCUGCUCAUUUGUUUGUUUGAUAUUUAUAUUCUUGCAGUCUGAGGUCAGAUUCUUAGGAAGGCUUUCUCAUUCUAACCUUGCCAACCUAUUGGGAUACUGUUGGGAAGAUGACAAGCUACUCGUCGUCUAUGAAUUCAUGCCAAGAGGCAGCCUAGAGACCCACCUUUUUGGAUGCGGCUCUGCUGUUGAGCCAUUGCCAUGGGACAUUCGGCUUAAGAUACUAAUAGGAGCAGCUCGAGGCCUGGCAUUUUUGCAAACAUUAAAAAGACUAGAUAUUUGCAGAGGAUUCAAGGCAUCAAAUAUAUUGCUUGAUGGGUCGUUCAAUUCGAAGAUCUCAGAUUUCUCUUAUGCGGAGUUGGCUUCCCCAGAAAGUUCUGUCCCUGAUGAGUAUGACGAUGAAGGCUAUUUUGCCUUAGAUGAUCAGUUGCCUGUGAAGAACGACGUGUAUUGUUUUGGUGUUGUAUUGGUUGAGAUGCUUACGGGGUCUCGUGCAUCAAAGCGUCUUUGGCAACGUGGUUCGGUAGGCUGGGUCGAGCCCUAUUUAGCUGAUAGAAGAAAGUUAACAAACAUAAUGGACUCCAAGUUGAAAGGGAAAUAUCCUCCAGAAGCUGCACUAGGAAUAGCUCAUCUGGCUCUAAAUUGUCUGGGAGUGUAUCCCAAAACAAGGCCAUCGAUGAAAGAAGUUUUGAAGACACUGGAAUGUAUCAACGCAAGCAAUGAAAAACCCUUGGGAGCCUCAAAUUAACUCCGCUGGCCAUACUACGUAGUGUCGUGGACAGCAGCCUUUGAUCUCCACUUCACCCUAGGCAAGGCGGAAUGUAUCGGUCUUAUCAACUCAGGUCUCCAAGUAACGAGCAUGGUACUUCAUAUGCCACUUCCCACGGAGAGAGUUCGAACUCUUAUAUACGCUGGUUGUUAAAUAUGUCAAAGAGUUCCUAUUCCUUUCUGUCAUGCAGCCCUAAAGGCGUGUGUAAUUCCCGUUAAGGAGAGAUCAGAUUUUUAAUUACCGACAAGUAGUACAAUGACCUUUCUGCCCUUAGACUUUAAAUCAGCCAUAGUUUCCGCGCGUUCCUCAGUGACUCAGUCUUCCUCUUCGUUUAUGCUCUCUGCGAUUGUGUUCCUCACUCUUCGCUAGAAUCUCCUUCGAUUUGUUUAAUUUGUUUUUGUUCAGUUCUCCUAGAUUUCGGUUUUGAUGAUACGGAAUGUAGUCGUGAGGUGUUUUUCUGUUCACAAUCGUAUGAG